AUGAGCCUAGCUUUGUUGCAGCGGAAGCAACAGCAAGAUCUUUUUGCCAGGAGCCUCAAGCAUUGCGCGGCGGCCAAGGAUUUGGCAGAGGGAAAGCGCAUCCACGCUCAGAUCCAAGCCAGCGAUCACGCCCACAACACUUUCCUCCGCAAUCUCCUCGUCCAGAUGUAUGGAAAAUGCGGCCGCCCUCAAGAUGCCGAGGCCGUGUUUGCAGCGACCCAGGAGCCCAAUGUCUUCUCCUGGAAUAUCAUGAUCCAGGCCUACGCCGACAAUGGCGCCGUCCAGUAUGUGCAGAAGAUUUUCGAUCGGAUGCCCGUGCGAGACGUGGUUUCUUGGAAUGCCAUCAUCGCAGCAGUUGCCCAAGGUGGGCAUUUGGGAUUUUGUGAAAGAGCUUUCUUUCUGACACCUCAGUGGAAUUUGGUGUCGUGCAAUGCUAUGAUAUCUGCGUAUGCAUCGAAUGGCGAAGUUGAUACUUCAAAGAGAAUGUUUGAUUCUUCGUUGGAGAGGAAUAUUGUGUCGUGGAACGGGAUGAUACAAGCAUUUGCCCAGAACGGGCUUGUGCACAACGCUCGCGAAGUGUUUGAGAAGAUCCCAGUUUGGAGCCCGAUUGCAAGCACGACUAUGAUGACUGCUUACGUUCACAGCGAGCAUUACGACAAGGCCAAAGAGAUCUUCGAUGUAAUGCCUGAUCGAAGCGUGGUGUCGUGGAAUGUCUUGCUGGCCGCUCACGCUUUCAAGGGCGAUCCCGAGGGAGCAAAGGCCGGGUUCGACAGCAUGCCCUGCCGGACCGAGGUCUCGUGGGGAACGAUGAUAGCGGCCUUUGCGAACGAUGGCUGCGUCGAGGGCGCCGAGAGUUUCUUUCUCAAGAUCCCCUACCGGGACGUUGUGUCGUGGAACGCCAUGAUCCAGGCCUACGCGCAGAAUGGGAUGAUCGACGAAGCCGAGAGCCUGUUCCACCAAGCGCCAGUGAAAGAUCUAUCCUCGUGGAAUGGAAUGAUCGCAGCGUACGCUCACACUGGCACCAUGGUGAGAGAGGCCGAGAGCCUCUUCUUCGAGAGGAUGGCCAAGCGCGACCUCUUGUCUUGGAACGCGAUGAUGCAAGCUUACGUCGAAGCCGGGCAGACCGACGAGGCCAAGACGCUAUACGAUCGAAUGCCGGCUAUGAACCUGGUGACGCUGAAUUCUCUCCUCGCAGCAGAUGCCAAGAAUAUCAGCAGCGAUGGCCAAGAGCACCACGAAGCCCACUGCAAGAGCUUGUUCGAUUCGAUGCCUCACAGGGACGUGGUGUCGUGGACGUGCAUGAUGCAAGCUCACGCCGAGGCCGGUCACGCGGAUCAAGCGGAGCUCAUGUUCCAGCGGAUGCCACAGCACAGGGUGGCGACUUGGAACGCGCUCUUCAAUGCGUUGGUGAGGAGAUCCGACACUGCAAGAGCCAGGCAAGUUUUUGAUUCCAUGCCCGAGCGCGGGAGAAGCCACUGGACGUGGCUGCUCCACUCCUUGUCCCAGUCCGGAGAGCUCGCCGAGACGAAGCUCGUGUUUGAUCGAUUGCCCAGCAACGCGCUUCUGUCUUGGAACACGAUGAUCUCCGCUUACGCUCGGUUUGAAUGCCCCCAGCAAGCUAAGGAGCUCUUUGAUGCCGCCGAGGAGCGAGAUGGUGUCUCCUGGACUGCGCUAAUUGCAGCGCUCUCACAGAACGAUCGGCUCCAGGAGGCCGAGGCUGGAUUCCAGCGAAUGCCCGAGUGGAGCACCGUGACGGUCACGGUGGUGAUUGUAGGCAAUGCCCAGCAUGGGCAUUUGGAUCGAGCUCGAGCUCUCUUUGAGGAGAUGCCGGAGAGGAGUGUGAUAACGUGGACGGCCAUUGUUUCCGUGUAUGCCCAAAAGGGGUAUAUGGACGAGGCGAGGAGUCUCUUCGAGGAGAUGCCCGAGAGGAAUGCCGUGUCGUGGAACGCGAUGAUCAAGGCCUACGACUCGAAUGGAUUCCACACCGAGGCUCUGGAUGCGUUCCAGACGAUGAACUUGGAGGGCGCUCCACCCGACGAGAUCACGCUGAUGACGGUCUUGUCCGCUUGUAGUCAUGUCGGAUCGAUGAGCCGAGCUCGCCAGGUUUUCGUGUCGAUGGUGGAUGACUUUCGAGUGGCUCCGUCCAAGGAACACUAUUCCUGCGUGAUCGAUAUGCUUGGACGAGCCGGCAAGAUGGAGCUGGCCGAGGAGAUAGUGACGAGCAUGCCCAUCUCCCCGAGCACUAUAGCAUGGGGAGCUCUCUUGGGGGCUUGCCGGAUCCACCAGGACAUGGAGAGGGCGAGAUUUGCCGCUGGCCGCGCCAUGGAGAUAGAUUCCAGUAACCCAUCUCACUAUUUGCUGCUCUCGACGAUCUCCAGCCAAUGUGGCUAG